AAGAAGUAAUGGAUGAAAUAUUCAGCCAAGUUGACAACUGGUUCAGUCCCGAUUCAAUCAUACUAAUGAGAGUCUUAAUCUCCGCCAUGGACAAAGAACAUGAAAACAUCCAUUAUAAAAACGGGUCGAUCGAAUUCCUAAAUUCCAGAUCCAAAUACUACAACCUCGCCAUGAUCCUUGUCGAAGGCUGUUCAAGAAUGAUACAAGAAAACUCAGAAAUCCCAGAAACCAACAGCCAAAAGAUGCUGUUGGAUCUAAACGAGACCCUAAACCAGAUUCAAGUCCGUCUGAGCGAACUAUCAAUUGCAGAUUGGACUAAUGAGAAGCAAGAAACGGAGAAGAAAGAGAUGGCUUCGUUAACAGCUAAGUUUCAUUGUUUCUCAAGGAACAGAGUGUGUAAACAGAGUAAGAACAUUUUUGAAGAUGAUAAUAUGGAUUUAGAGAAGAUCUGGGGAUUCGAAGUGGAAAAAGAUACCAUUUUAAUUAUGAUCAAGGGUUUCAUUGAGAAUCUGAAUCAAAGAAAUUUCGAUGGGCCUAAUUUAUCUGAAUUUGUCGAAAAGGUAAUUGUUUUAAGAAAUGAUUUUGCGGGUCUAAUCGCCGACGAGACGCCGGCGCCGUCCAAACCAGCCAUACCCACAAAACUUCAAAGAACAACGAGCGAGCCUACGCCGGAAAUUCGAAAAGAAGGUAAGGAAAAGGAAGAAGAUGAAGAUAGUGAUGGAAGUAACUACGUGGCUAAGAUGAUUAAGAAUCAUGAGUCUAUUAUAAGAAGACAAAACAGAGAAUUGAAACGAUUGAAAGGAGAGAUUCUUGGUGGGAAAGUUCAACAAGCUUUUAAGAAACUUAAGGGGACAGAUGAUGAUGGAAUGGAAAGAAACCUCCAUCAAGUUAUUGCUCAUUUGGAUGAAAUCAUUGCAUGGAAUGCCGAGAAAAUGGAUAAAGAUUCAAUCUUGAUUGAUCAAAAUCGAAUGAAGUUAGAACAAGAGAGGGAUGAUUCAAUUUUGACAAUGUCGAUCAUGGAGGAAAUUUAUCAACUUCUUUUAAAAGGUUUGGUGAAAGAUUUUCAGCAUAAAUUGGAAGAUGAAACAAGAGAGUUAGAAGAAGAACGGGAAGAUUCGGGAAUCAAAAUGUUUGUUAUGGAUAAUAUCAAUAAACUUGUUCUAAAAGGUUUGGUAAAAGAUCUCAAAACCCUAGAAUCCAUCAAUAAAUCUUCGAAUUGUAUUGAAAUAGAGUUUUUCAUAAGAGAGGAAAUUUACAAGGUUUUUUAUAGAGAAAUGAUCAAGGAAAGAAAUCUAGACAACUUUGGAAAUGUGAUCGCGGAGGAAAUCUAUAGUGUGAUCAUGAUUGAAGCAAUGAAAGACGUUUACGACAGCAAAGAAGAGCCACAUCAAUUCGAUAAAUGGUUGAAAAAUGGGUUGAUGAAGAAAGUAAUUUCUCUCGUGAGUUCCUUAAAGAUGGGUGAAGUUUUGAUGUGUAGGGCGAGCUCGGAGAUAAAAGAACAUAAUACGAAGAAUGAAAUGGUGGCAAUGGAAUGUGAUGAGGCCGAUGAGCGAGAUAUGAUCCAAUGGCUAUUAAAUAGUGAGGAAAGUACAUUUAGUUCUAUAAGGGACAAAUUGGAGAAAUCUUUACAACAAUUGCUACAAUGUAAGGCAUUGUUAAGGGAGUUUUUGUUUACUCUAGGUCAAAUAGAUACACAGGAAAAAUUGUACACUUUUGGGCACACCAACGACGAGGUCUUGUCGUUAGGUGCAGCACGUCGGUUGUUGUCGCUUCCUUUGACGGGAUUCAAGGAAACUAUAUUAGAAUUUGAGACCGUGGCAUGUCGAAGAUUAGAGAACAAUUUUUUCAGGUUAGAAGAAUUGGAGCAACAAGUGAAGUCUUUGAUAACCAUCACAACUUCGUUAAGGAAAAAGGCGACACUUUAUGAAAAGGCGUUUUUUAUACGAUGUCAAAAUCUUCGUAUCGCUGAAGCUGAGGUUGACAUGUUGGGGGACCAAGUAGAUAUGCUUGUAGGUCUAAUUGGGAAGAUAUACUCAACAUUAGACCAACACUCUUCGGUUCUAUCGCGUUAUGUCCCAGUUUGGGAUGCUUUAAAGAUGAUUAAGAAGGAAAUAGAUAGUUUUGCUGCCCAUAGAGAAAAUUAG